AUGCUUCCAACACAUACUCUCACCUCAUUCCUCAUCUGGGCUGAAAUCGCCUCACCAGCAAAGCCCGUAACUUGUCCCUCCAGUUCGGAACUCAGAGUCACCAUACCGCCAUCCCACCAAAGCCCAAGUAAUGCAGACUACAAGUCCUUAGAUGAAGUCCACGAUGCUCUCACCCACUGUCCCAACAUCACAUCGCUAAACCUGCGUGUCGGGGAGAUCGGUUGUGUAGGAGAACCCGAUCGCUGGAGCCUUCCCCUCGAUCCCGCCGGAACAUCGCGGUAUUUCCCCGUUCUGGACACACUAUCCCUCGAAAAGUAUCAAUUCUACGAUACUGAUGGGGAUUACCUACGUCCUUUACGAGGAUGGACUCACCUCAGUGCUUGGAUCUGGUCGGGUGGUGCCUUCGGAUGGGUGAAAUGGGGACUACUCACAGAAGACCAAAGAUCAGUGAACAACAUCGAACUGUGGCUCGACGCAAUGGACUUCUCCAAGAUCCGCAAUCUUUCAAUCUUGGACUACGACGGUCCUCUCGAGACACUCGUCGAAAGCAAACUGCCUCAAUCUCUACCAAGCCUUCGCACAUUGAGGCUCGAACGGAGCACAACAGUAGACUUUGCCCUCUCGCUACCUCCGCAUUCGCUACACAGCCUUUCAUGGCUAGACGCCGGCCAGAACCAGUCUAUCGCCCCAUCCUCGAUCACCAUGGCCGCUCUCUCACUCACCUGGAAUGGCGUACGCCAGAAAGCCUAG